GUCGGAUCGGUCUCGACUGCAUACAUACAAAUAAGGCGUCAAAACCCUUAUCCCUCCUGCUUGUUGACCAUUUAGCUCCCCAUAUUCAUCAGCAGAUGCUUGGCUGCUUUGAGGACCUGACAGCACACUCUCCGAUUUCAAACUAACCUCGAUCGUAUUCAUGAAACUCAAUUCGAUUAUUAUCAACCAUCGAUUAUCACUUUGAAAGCAUCAUCAACCUCUGAGGAUGGCGACCGAGUAUAUUCCCGACCUGUUUAUCAGACUUUUCGACUUCCUCCAAGAUCUCAUCGCCAAACCUGAUCCAUCGUUGCUACCCCGGCUGCGGUUAGAGCUGGAUCGCGCCCGACCGUUUCUCAUCCAACUGUUUGAUAAACGACCUAGGAAUCCGAAGGAAGCAGAACAGAUCCGGAAAGGCCAAUUUGUUUAUCAAGCUACCCUGCACAGCCACACACCCGACUUCACCCAUGAGGCACUCUAUCUCUCUGAACAACUUGAACUGUCCGAAAAUCAAUGCGCUAUCCUUUUACAGCAUGGGAUGUCGCGUAAAGCGCGUUAUGGAAGGCCCAACGCGGACAGUGCUGUAAUCAUCUAUUAUCAGGAGCGAUCGGCCCUACUGAACUUUCUUAAACUUAUCUUUCAACCUGCCGAUCCUGAAAAUGACGACUGCGGUCUGAGUGAGGAACUCGAGCGGUUCCGAAAUAGUCUGGUGAACAGUCGGUCAGCUUCAAUAAAACAAGACACGUGGAUCUCGAAGGUGCUCAAAGAAAUCGAGCAAUCCAAGAAUCAAAUCAUCAAGUUAAAAACUCAGCUCACUUCAAGUUCAACUUCCAAUACCUAUGGAGCUCAAUCGAUGAACAACACUACUGGAGCUUUUAACUUUGGAUCUAUAUCUACCACCCCUCAAAGAGCUGCGGAAAAAUCCAACGAGGUCGUCGUCAAAUUCAGCGAUGAGAUCGUCCAAAGAAUGCUAGAGCAGCAUCAAUCCGAAAGACGCGAACUCGGGCAAAUUCUAUAUCUGAUCGCAUUUUCUCGAUUGCUCAGCAAGGAAAACCUUUUGAGUCUAGUCGAUUAUCUUGCCGGAAUGAACUCUGAGGAUCCGUUGAUUUGCCAUUUCUUGAUGACCUUCCUUGCAGCAAUGGAUGUCGAGUGUAGUUCAUCGACGGAAGCCGAGUAUAACUAUUUCACGGAGCUGUGGAACGAUGUUCCUUUUCUGCAGACGAUGACUGAGCGACUGAAUCAAAAGCGAUGGCUGGUCCGGCAAGUCAAGGCAGUCGCAUUGCUGCAGUGGUGUUUAUUUCUUGGCUCAGCCUACCAGCAAGAUCCGCGACUCGAGCACGAAACACAAAUUUGGGAGGACAUUAUAGAUCAGAUGGUCAUGUCUGCGAUCCGCAAUGGCGCGUUUCCAUUCAUGGUUUCCGACUUAUUGGCUUUCAAGAAGAAGGAUUUACUAGAAGAAACGCCUCCUCAAGUCUUAGGACCGCGAACGGAAGAUGCUUUACGAGUCGCCACUGCAGAUGACCUGUUGGGUAUCGAGGAAGGGUUCAGAUCGGAAGUUGUCGCCCAAAUCGACCGUUUAAUGAUCACUUUUGUCACUUCGCUUCAAUCUGUUCUACGUCGAUUGCGCAAUCAAGAAGAAGAUGUACACGUCUCAAUGCGCUACCACUCAAUGACCCAAACAUCUAAUCCUGAUAUGUCAGAGAGCCUUCCAUCACCUCAUCAUGACAUUGAAGCCCUGUUCGAAGUCAUUGCUGCCAUACAUCGCAACACCCCCGAUUCUGCAUUGGUAUACUGGGGAGUAGGCGAAAAUCAAGAUAACAUCGAUGACCCCACGUUGACGUCGGGACGCUCAACCAAAUUAACUGGGUUUGUUAGAUGGGCCUCCGAAUGCCGUCAACUCGGCAUGGUACAAUCGUUUUACGAAAUGCUGGCGUCUUUAGCCACGGGCCCGCGCUGUAGUGAUCUAGCUUACUCCUUCCUCAUGAGCGGCUCCUCUGACGACGGAACGAGUGGGAUGAAUUCUACAAUGUCCCGCAUUGCUGAUGCUAUGGGCAGGAUCAACCUCUUGACUUGCUCUUGGUCAUCCAUCUUUGGCCAAUUUCAGUACUACAUACAGGCACUUCAAGCACUAUCAUUGCAAAAGAACAGCACUCCCGAAAACAGACAGCUCUUCCCGCCUGAAGUGUCAAUACUGAAGAAAUAUGCCAAAGUCAUCCGGCAAAUCGUCCGUUAUUCAUCAAUCGCCCAAGCUACGCUCUACGAUCAUCAAAAAUAUCGACCCAUCCAGACCCUUUUCGCUUUGGCUGCCUGCCCGAUUCCGUUGGACCUCAAGGCUGAACUACUAUUAGCCAUCGCCGCUUUUGCCGCCCCCGGUAGCAAGAUCAGUGCUGAUAUUGCCCGCAAGUGUUGGCUUACGCUUGAACAUAGUCAAAUCUUAUCAACAAACUCAUGGGAUCUACCUGCUGAUUUCGGCGCUGCGGGGGCGCUCUCAUUGACCAGUGGUGAAUUGAUUAGGACCGGUAUAUUGGCUGAGCUGGAAGAGGUCGAAGCAACCAAUCAAGUCUACCCCGGGUCCACAGCUUUUAUCCGUCUGUUGGUUGCUUUGAUUCAUCCACCAGCGCGCCGGUCACCAGUCAAAAAAGGGGAAGAACUGGAGCUGCAGUCCAUCCCUGAAAACCUUGGGGUAUCAUCCCGAUCUCCAGGUAUCGAGCCUUAUUUACGAUUCGUGGUCGACGAAGUUUUCCGAAAGGUGGGAUCGCGUGAUUUCUUGCAUCAAGAAGAAAGAUACCAGGUUUUCGAAGUAUGUCUGGCAUUCAUCGAGCGAUGUUUAACAUCAUACGAAAUCGGCCCAUUUUUAGCAACUUCGACACUUUCGAAUGCGCACUCAGGCAGUGAAGCUCAUUCUCGAGCAGUAUUGGCCGUAGUAACGCAUCCAGGGUUUGAAAUCAUGCUUCGCAUACUCAACAAUACUGAGCUCACGCGUCAAGUAUUUGAAACCCUUCUCAAUGGACCUCGCUUUGUUGAAAAUGAGCCUCAAAAGUCCGAUAUUACCUGUCGAUGUGUUCUCCGUGCUCUCAGGAUCGUCCACCGGGUCAUUGAACUACAACAGCCUUUCCUAGACGGCGUCUUACCUCACGUACUCAAUCACGCAGCCGCAAAUAUCCCCCAUGACCGAGUGAUAUGGGCACGGUCAGCUCAAAGCUUAGAUCAGCACAUCUUUCACUCUAGCAGCAUGGUGAUUUCAAUCGCAGUGUUGGUGGGGUGUGUGGAGGAUGAGGAAGUUGCCUACCUCGCUGUGAAGCUUUUAACUCACAUUGCCGAAUCCACAUUCUUUAGUGCCGCUGAUCAUUUCCAUGGACAGUAUCCUGGGCGAAUGAACCGCUUACUGGGCCUAUUGGACUCUUCAGAAGAGAGCCUUUUGAUCCUCGGUAACUUUAUGGGUCGGUUAGAAGCAGCCGGGUCAACCUUUCGCAACAUAGAUGAUGACGAUUUUGUAGUUGACACAUCUGGUGACCUAGAAGAAAGGGAUAUGUCUAGAAUUUCCUCGGCCAUCAGAAGUGCCAUCUUGGAUCUUUUGCUCCAGAAUACUCAACCUCAUCGAGCUGCCCCUAAUGUGGCACAUUAUCUUUUGGGAUUCGAUGCACGAGCCUCAAAAGAUACUAUGGCUUUAGCUGACCCUAGAUCGCCCGAUGCCAAAUUGUCUUGUUUCCACGCUAUUCUCAAUCUGCUCCGGAUGGGUCAAGCCUCAAGCAAUUCAGAAGAAAGUGAAGGUGAAUUCUCGCUGCUCGAGAGGGAUCCAAUCCUGGCUGAAAAAGCCUACCGGGUCAUUCGACAACUCUGUCUACACGAAUAUUCCUGCAAGCCAGUCUCUCGCUACCUACGAAAUACCGAACAAUAUUUCAUCGCCCAAGCAAGUGCUUUACCGCUAUCGAUACCGGCCAACCACUCCAUCGCGGGUGGGCAACUCAUCUUGAGCAGUGGUAAAGUCAUUGAGACCACCUGCAGUGAGAUUGUAGCCACUUUGCAUUCGACAUCCUGGGUUUUGGAAACGAUUUCUCUGGAGCUCAAUAUUCUCACGCAACAAGCUCAGCGAGAACGCGCGACGGACCUGUUGCUAAUUUUAUUCGAAUCUGCCUCUUCCCCAAAUCAAAGCAAGUCGAUCUUGGACCAAGUUGGUAGUCCAGAUCAAUCCCUUCCAAGGAUGCAAGAAUUGUUUUUAUACUUGGAUUUUGCCUGGAAGAACAACACGACAAUCGAGCCUCGCCCAUUGAACUUUUUUGCAACCCUUAACUUUGAUCAGUGUUGCGUCAUCGAUAGCACUGGCUGUCAGCUAUUUGAUUUAGGUGCAAUCCUCAGCAUGCUUGGAGCUACCCGACAAGAGAUUAAACGUCGUGGCCUUUUGAACACUGCUGCGCAGCAGGCUGAGAUGCAGGAAGAAAUCAAAUUUGUCAUUGAAUCUAUUGUCGUCGAAAAUCAACGGCGACAGAUUGCCUCAGCUCAGUACCAUAUGUUACGCUCAUGGAGCACAUUACUUCGCCUGACUUUGAGCCGGGCUUUUCACUUGAUUCCAGCCGAGAAUCGACAUAUCUUUUUGCUCGAUCUGCUGGGUUCAGUUCUGUCGAAGUUGGUAGAAGGUCAAGUUGACUCAGAUUCCGCCGAGCUGUUGAGCGAGAUCGUUGUCGCUCUGAUGAUCAAAUUACGCCAUGAAGGAACUCAAUUAGGAUCCCUAGCCACUGGCGAAGCAGCUCAAGCUUUCCCCUUCGAUCGAAUGAUACCUAUUCUGAAGACAAUCGUUCAGAGCAUCGUCCUUUCAAACACUUCAAACAUCAUCCGAGGCAAUCUAUACGCAUCAUUACUAGGAUUUCUUCAGCAUGUCUACGCUACCAGCAAUGCUGAUUCAGCAGCUUUACAGUGCUUCUCGCCACAAGACAUAAUGAAGCUGACCGACGCACUGCUCCCUCCAUCUGAUGCGGCCUCCACUAUUGUCAGUCAAUGGAGUUCUUCUCGGAGCACUCUGGAGGCCAAUACUAUUGCCAUGAUAUCUACAGCUUUUGAUCGACUGCUACCAGUAAUAUCCAAAGAUGCUAUCAUGGGUAGUGAGGUGUGGAAAUCAGUCGCUUUUACCGCUCUGGACUCGCUCUUGAUGUUAUCCGAUCGCUCAAGAUCUGGCUCUAAAUUAAUGGCUGUCUUGUGGAGGAAUGGAUUUAUGAAGAACUUUGUAGACUUUGUGAAAGAUGCAGAAGGUGAUCUUCUCGCAGUUCUUGAGCCAGACCCAGAAUCCCUGAACGCCUUGUAUGUCUACGAGACCCAAAUGGCAUUCUUGCUACGCGUGGCCUCAAGUCAAGCGGGUGCUGAGAAACUCAUUGACGCGAAGUUGCUAGUGAGACUGGGGCAGUGUAAUUAUCUGAGUAGCUCACCGCAGAGCCUGUCUCCUCAUGAAGAGUUCGAUAUGUUCAUUCCAUCUGCGUCGGAAAGAUACCAUCAACUACUGCUUCCUGCACUGCAAUUGGUCGCAUGUGUCCUCAUUAGUCUAGGCUCUGAGUCCGGUCUGGCUACUCGGGAAGCUUUGAGCUUCAUCAACGCACAAAGAGAGAUGAUCAUGACAUGCAUUCGCUCUGCGAGCAUGCUGACAUCUAGCAUCGGAAUUCAAGAGUUACUCCUUAUUACUAGUAUUUUAAGAAUAGCUUUGCCGGCCGUCGGUGACCAAGAAAUUGCCUCCUCUACGGAUUUCGGUGCACUCCACACCGGCAUCCUUGCCAUCGCGAACGUUGUGUGUGGGAGUCAAGCUUGGAUGAAUAACAUUAUACCUGCAACUGAACUGGAGCGGGAAAAUGUAGCGCGAAUCGUACCAGGUAAUGAAAAUUCCGCUCAAUUAUUUUGA